AUGGGCGCUAAACGCGCACCCAAGCAGAGCCCAAAGCGAGCACGCGAAGAGGAGGAUGGCGAAGAAGAAGAAGAGGCCUUCGGCACACCACCACCCAAGAGACCAGCCAGGAAGGCAAAGAGACCAGCAAGCAGCAAGACCGCUACAAAGAAACCGACGAAGCUGAAGAAUACCCCCGCGCAGAAGCCUACAGCCGCACCACCACUACUACCCAGCUCGCGCCCAUCACGAACCCGCAGAGCACCAGAGCGCUUCGAGGAUCUUGGGGAGAAGACUACUUCCAAAGCUCUUCCUGCCAAAAAGGGCGCCAGUAAGGUUUUUGAUCCUGUCUAUAUAACCACCAAUUCCUCCAGCCGCCUCGUCAAAGCCGAUGUUUACCACAUGCUUCUUGAAAGCCCAGCCUGGAACUCUCUUACCGCAUCCCAACAAUCCACUCUCAUCUCCAUGCUCCCCGAAUCUCCCGACAACGUCAACCUCCUCGCCAAAAUCUCUGCUGGAGAAACGGCAGAUACGCGACCAGCAGCGUUUACACUAGCAAACAACUGCUUCCGGACAGACGUCGCCAAGUUCCAGGAGGAUCUCAAGAAUGGUCAUUUGGCGAAGACGUGGCAAGCUGCUGCUGAGCAGGCGGUUGUGGAGAGGGCGGCGGGGGAGUAUGAUGGGUGGAAGGCGGAGGAGGCGGAGGCUUGGUGGGGGCAGAAGGGGAUGUGA